ACGGUGGCGGAUGUAAUUUGAGCGAAAUGGGAGUCCAAAUCCGUCAAUUUAAGCGUUGUUUUGGAGAAGGGGACUCGUGGACACAGUCCAGCUUUGAUGCGUGGAAGCAGGUGGCUUACGCAGGGGAUGGCGAGAUCGCGCUGGAAGCUAUAUACUCCCUCUCCCCCUCCAUCUCUAGAAUGGCGAUGGAGGUGACGAAGCUGUUGUACAUAGUGGUAGUAGACGAUGAAGAUGGGAAGAGGGAGAAAGACUCGUUCCGAUACACGCGUUCGGUUCUGCAGAGUACUCUGCAGCUCAUGGGGUGCAAACCGAGACAUGCCUUUAAGAUUAGCCAAAGGGUUUUGGAGAAGAUGAGAAACAAGUCCACAAGUGACAGUUUGGUUUCAGUGUGUGCAUACAAAUCAGAGCAGGAUACCUUAAAUCAACUUCAGGAAGAGGACUAUCAUAAUAAUAUUAGUGCAUGCUUGGAUAGAGCAAAUGAUGGAGCUAAAAGCGAACCAUUUGAAUUGUAUAAAAGGCGCACAACUGUUGUUGUCAGAAGAAAAACUUUUCUAGAUGUUAUUUGUGAUGCUCUCACAGAAUACAAGUAUGUUGGCCCAAAUCAGAGGGCUGAUCUAACUUUAGCUUGCAGAAUCCGAGAAAGAAAGGAAUCUAUUACUGUACUCCUUUGUGGAACAAGUGGCUGCGGUAAAUCUACUUUGUCUGCACUAUUGGGCAGCAGGUUGGGAAUCACAAAUGUAAUAUCUACUGACUCAAUUAGACAUAUGAUGAGGAGCUUUGUGAAUGAAAAACAAAAUCCUUUACUGUGGGCUUCAACGUACCAUGCUGGGGAAUAUUUAGAUCCAAUAGCAGUUGCUGAGGCAAAGGCCAAACGAAAGGCAAAGAAGUUAGCUGGUUAUUCAAACCCACAACUACAGAAGAAUGAUGCUACUAAUCAGAUGACAAGUCGGAAGUCUCCUGCAGAGGGGAAUCCUAGUGCUGUUGAUUUAAUCAGUCCAAAACAAAUGGCAAUUGAAGGUUUUAAGGCACAGAGUGAGAUGGUUAUUGAUAGUCUUGACAGAUUAAUCACUGCUUGGGAAGAGCGGAAAGAAUCAGUUGUCGUGGAGGGUGUUCAUUUGAGUCUUAAUUUUGUGAUGGGACUAAUGAAAAAGCAUCCUUCAAUCAUACCUUUUAUGGUUUUCAUUGCAAAUGAAGAGAAACAUUUGGAACGGUUUGCUGUCCGUGCAAAAUACAUGACACUAGAUCCUGCUAAAAACAAGUAUGUUAAAUAUAUACGUAACAUCAGGACUAUACAAGAGUAUCUCUGCAACCGUGCUGACAAGCAUCUAGUUCCAAAGAUUAACAACACUAACGUUGAUAGAAGUGUUGCAGCCAUUCAUGCCACUGUAUUUGGCUGCCUACGCAGACGUGAGGCAGGAGAGAAGCUUUAUGAUCCAAUCACAAACACAGUUCCUGUUGUUGAUGAAGAAUACAGGAAUCAGUGUGCUGCUAAUUCCUUGAGCUCCAAGGGUAUGCUCCAACUGAUUCAAAGAAAAGGUUCUUCAAGGCAUUUGAUGGCUCUUUUCAAUAAUGAUGGAUCAGUAGCAAAGGCUUGGCCAGUAGACUCAGUAGAUAGCAACGGCAAACCCAUCAUGGAAAAUGGAUUUGGGAUGUCUAUGUAUGGUCCCUUGCAGAUUGGGAAGGCCGAACCUGUUAAUCUGCAGUUUGGGCACUUUGGGAUCAGUGCUUGGCUCAGUGAGACUGGUUGCACAAGUCAUGCCAGCAGUGUGGAUGAAUCAAGGGGAGACUUGACAGAUAAUGGCAGUAGGUAUUAUUCUUCCUGCUGCAGUUCACCAAGAUUCCAUGAAGGGCUAUCCAAGGAGCUCAAAGAAGAACAAUCUGUGCAUGGUAGUGAUGAAGAGAUUGAUGAGCCACCUGAAAUAGAUAGUGAUGAGGAUUUAAGUGAUGAUGGUUCAAAACAUUUUCAUGAGGAGUUGGAAGGGUCAGUGGAUGAGGAGUUUACGAAAUCAGAUGAGGAGUACGAUGAUCUUGCUAUGCUCGAUAUCCAACAGAGUGGUUACAGUUGUGACAAUGAUGACAAAUCUAAGAAAACCCUCUUUGAGUCUAGUGACAGGAUGGUACCAGUCUCAGGAGAUCAUCAGGAAAUUAACGAGCUUGAAGAAAACCAAAAAGAAAGCUUCUCGAGAACCAAGAGUGAGACGUUUUUGGAGCCACCACUGCGCCGCUAUUCAUCUCAUCGAGAGAAGAACGAGAAGAGAGCAGUGUGUAAUGGCAACGUGAGAAUUAAAAAGCGUUCUCUGAGCAUCCCAUCCCUCGGGUCCAUGAUAUUAAACAGUAAUGCAACCUCAAGGUAAGAGGCACAGUUUUGCCACUGUUUGUCAUUGUUGUUGUUGAUGAUGAUGAGUCUUGUUUUGUGAAAUCCUCAGUCACUUGUGUUUUAACUUCCCAUGUCCUUUAACACGUCCCCUCCCUCCCUCCCUCUCAGUGUUGUGUUGUAUAUAAUGGUGCAUUUAGAUGAGUGUGUUGAUGCACCUGUUCCAGGUUAUUUAUUGAUUUUAACAAAGUGCAAAUGGUGUUACCUUCCUGAUUAGUAAUUUUAUGGACCUGUUUUUAACUCCUCCAAA